AUGACCCUUGACAAAAGCCUUUUCAUGACCCUGGCUAUCCAAGAAGCUCAGAAAGACGAUGCCCAACCUGGUGGCUCUGCUGACAAGAGCGAGCUACCUAUCCAGCAAAGCAGCGCUUCGGUGCCCUCACACGGAACUACUGGCCAGGAUGCGGAAGGGGAUGCUGAACUCGAACAACAUUCGACUUGUACCUCGUCGGCGAGAAAACGGCCGGCCGACGAAACCUCACCUCUAUCUAGGCCGAAGCACAAGCGCAAGAAAUAG